CACGUGACCAAGAUGGCAGCCUCCAUAUAUUUUUGGAGUUUGAAUAAUAAUCUGUAAAUUUAACAUUAUUUACCUUACUGAUAGGUACGUAUAUUAAUUCCACUGGGUCAUUUUCUACAAAAGACAACCCAUCAAAAUGGAUGUUCCAAGGUCUGUUCAUGAUGCGGUUGUAGAAUCUGUGGAAGACAUCUUGAAAAAACCUAUGGAGGAAUCAUUUAGUAAUGAUGUUCUUCACCCACCAAUGACCAAAAAAGAGAAGAUUGAAGCAGAAGCCAAGAAAAUCAAAGCCGUUUUACAAUCUUUGGCACCUGAAUCCCACGACCAAGUUCUUCAAACCUUUGUCAAGUGUCUUUUCCAACAGCAAAACAAAAGCAGACUGUAUUUUUUAUGUAAUGUUCUUGAAUCUCUUGUCGAAAAUAACACAAUAUCCGCAAAACCUGUCAGCGAUCAUCUUUUAGCAUAUGAAGGGUUAACAUUCAAAGAUCAGCUACAUUGGAGAGCUACAUUUAACACCUUGCGCAAUAUCGUUGGUGGCGUUCAUUAUAAAGAAGCUCGCGAUUUAUUGAAAAUUGUUUUAGAAAAAUGUCAGGAAAAAGAAGGCUGUAACACAUCUGCUGGGGACCAUGCGACAGCGCUGAUUCAAAUUGAUGAAUCCUUAAAGGUCAUUGAGUACAUUCUUGAUCGGAAUGCAUGUUUGCUUCCAGGGUAUUUUGCAGUGAAUGAAAUUACAAAGGUUUGUGGAGGAACAACUGCAUGGCCACAUUGGGGAUUAGGAAAAUUAUUAUCAGACUAUAUAAAUAGUUUUAAUUUUGCAGCGCAAAUGGUAUCUAUAUGUGGACGAAGCCGUUUGCUACCGGUCGUAGGCCAUUCUGUGUCAACAAAUAACGUGUGGAGAUUGAACACUAACACUUUAUCUUUUAUGUUAAAUGGUCCGUUGCCAUAUGAGAAGGAAUUGACAGACCCCCAAACUGGAUUAAUGCGAUAUGUUCUGCAACAACCGUACUCCAGAGAAAUGGCAUCAAACAUGUUAGGCCUAAAUAAACAAACAAAGCAACGCUGUGAAGCACUUGAGAACCAACUAGUUGAUCAGGUUGUCAUGGCAAUUGAAAAAUGUGAAGAGAGCAGCUUACAAGAUGGUAAUGCAGAAAAUGCACAGUUAUUAUGGCAACAUCUUUCCAGUCAGCUGAUAUAUUUUGUUCUUUUUCAGUUUGCGAGCUUUCCCCAUAUGGUAACAUCUUUGUACGAGAAAUUGAAUGGUAAAAAUUUAAAGAAGGGUCGGGAUCACCUUAUGUGGGUUCUUUUGCAGUUUAUUUCCGGUAGCAUUCAAAAGAAUUCACUUGCAGACUUUCUUCCAGUUAUGAAACUGUAUGAUUUGUUGUAUUCCGAUUCCGAAGUUAUUCCAAUCCCAGAUGUCAACAGUGCUCAUUGCACACAUGCUUUUGCAGGGACUUGCAUCUGGAUCCAUAUUAAUAAGAAAGCCCAAGGAGACCAUGUCAAGUUGCACAGACCAAUUCCAUUUGCUCUGAACGACCACAUGGAGUUUUUACGACAGACACUCCAAUUAAAAAAUCUUAUGCUGAAUGAUUUUAAAGUAGCUUUACUCUGCAAUGCUUACAGCACAGAUACCAAUUGUUUCAGUGUUCCCAUGGGUCAUCUGCUGGAAAGUAUCUAUGGUAACAACAAAACAACAACUUUACUCCCUGGCAAUGUUGUUGCUUCAUCCCCAAUCAAACCACUAUCCAUGAGUUUGUUGGAUUCGCUAACGGUUCAUGCCAAGAUGAGUUUGAUUCACAGUAUAGUAUCAAGGGUUAUUAAAUUAGCAAAAUCAAAAUCCUCUGUGGCUCUGGCACCAGCUCUAGUUAAAACAUACAGCCGCCUGCUGGUCUACACAGAGAUUGAAUCUCUUGGAAUUAAAGGAUUCAUUAGUCAGCUGCUGCCAACCGUCUUUAGCAGUAACGCCAUUGGAAUUCUUCAUACUCUUUUAGAAAUGUUCAGCUAUCGUAUGCACCAUAUACAAAUACAUUACAGAGUCCAGUUAUUAACUUAUUUAAAUUCCAUGGCCAACAUUCAGCAAGCUAACCAAAAUCAACUCCAUCUUUGUGUGGAGACAACAGCCUUAAGGCUUAUCACCAGUUUAGGAAGUGCAGAAGUUCAGCCACACCUCUCAAGAUUAUCAAGUGAACCCAAAGGGAUUUUAGCUGGAGAAUCAGAAGAAUUAAAUCGUGUAUUUGUUUUAACCAUCGCUCGAGCCAUGCACAUAACAGGAGCAGAUAGCUUUUCAACAAAUUGGGCCAAAGACAUCCUUUUGUCUGUUAUGCAAUCAACACCUUUGGGAUGGCCGGCUGCUACCCUCCAAUGCUUCCCCACCAGCCUGAGUGAUUUUUUUAACCAAACCCCUGUCGCAAAGGAAGAUAAAAAUCUACUGAGGAAAAUGGUGGAAACUGAAUAUAAGAAGUGGAAGAGUAUGGCUAAUGAGAAUGACAUCAUUGCCCAUUUUUCCAUGCAAGGAAUUCCACCAUUGUUCCUCUGUAUCAUUUGGAAGAAUCUCAUCGAGGAGAACAGAGUAACUCCCACUGCUUACAAAGUUUUAGACAGACUUGGACCAAGAGCUCUCUCGAACCAUCUCCGAACAUUUGUCGAUUUUUUAGUUGUUGAAGUGGCCCUGCAGUCACAAAAUAUCACCAGAUAUGUGGAAGCUGUAAAUGACAUGAUUUGGAAAUGUAACAUAAUUACCAUCGACAGGCUUAUAUUAUGUCUUGUCUUGCGCAAUAUGGAUUCCAAAGAUUCAAAUAUUCGUUUUCUUUUAACGCAGCUCAUCCUUAUCCAGUGUAAAGACUUCAAGCAAAGAGUUCAAGACUUUGUCAAAGAUAACAGUCCUGAACACUGGCAGACGACAAACUGUCAUGAAAAACACAUGAACUUCCAUAGAAUAUAUCCAGAAAAAUUUUUUUUUGAGGGAAUCCAGGAUAUGAACAGUCCCAUACAGCAUCAGUAUUUACCAGUUUAUUUUGGAAAUGUCUGCUUGCGGUUUUUGCCAGUAUUUGAUGUAGCCAUCCACAGAUUGAUUGAAACUCCUGCAGUUCAUAAAGUACUUGAAAACAUUUUACAAGAAAUUGGUCGUCUUUUCAAAUUUCAUGAUCGGCCCAUAACAUAUCUGUACAACACUUAUUACUACUACGAAAAACUUUUGGCUGAUCGGCCCGUUCUUAAACGAAGACUUCUUCAAACGAUAGCAAGUGCUUUUAGCGACAUCCGACCCAGAAACUGGUGUUUAACCGAUGCAUAUUUGAUGUAUUUGGAAAGAGGACAUGAUGAAAUUGAAUGGAUGCCAGAUUCAGACUAUUAUCUAAAGAUUGUUGGAAGAUUAUCAGACACAAUUACAGGAAAAUCCCCACCACCUUUCCCAGAAUGCGAUUGGAGAUUUAACGAAUUUCCUAACCCGGCUGCUCAUGCUCUGUAUGUAUCUUGUGUAGAGUUGAUGGCACUUCCUGUUAGUAGUCAAGUAGUUGGUUCGGCACUACUGGAUGUCUGCUUAAAAAGCUCAUGUCAGAUUCCCAGAAAUGAGAUAAUGUCUUGGAUGAAUGCUGUUGGUUUAAUCCUCACUUCGCUACCUGAAUUAUGCUGGUGGUCAGUCUUGAGCGACCAAAUAGUAAAAACAUUACAAAGUCAAGAACUUGCGAAUCUCGGAAACGGCUCAUUAACCAAUUUCUUUGAGAAGCUCAAUUUCAAGAAGAGCCAUGCUGCAUAUGCGGAACGUGAUUGUAGCAGUUUAUUGUGUCUGUGUCACGCAAUAUGGCACCAUGCUGGAAUAGGACAGUUGUCACACUUGCCAGUAUUUUUGAAAGACAGAAUCAAACCAAUGAUCAAGAGAGAAGAUCAAUUUAUUUAUGUGUGUCAUUUGGUUGGACCAUUCUUACAAAGAUUACAUGGCGAGAGAACACGUUCUUUACUUGAUCUAACUGUGGAAUUGUAUCAGAUUUUACUGAAUGUGGAUAAAGCUUCCGAGCAGUUACAUUUAAUGGACCCUAUUAGUGACUUUCUCUAUCACAUUAAGUAUAUGUUUGUUGGUGAUGGCGUCAAGGCAGAGACUGAAAAUGUGAUUAGAAAUCUCCGCCCUGCCCUACAACUUCGAUUACGAUUUAUUUCUCAUAUAAGUGUUGAAUGAACAUUGACUCAAUUGGUGAUUUUGUAAUUAAUAUUCUCUAUACAAUAAUCAACAGUGUUUAAUUACAUGAUAGCUGUUAAUAGGAUAACUAAAGUCAUUGAUAACAUCACAAUGGUGUUAUUAUCUGUUAAAUAGUGUUGUAUAUGUUCAAAUAGCAAGACCUACUGAUUUUAUAACAGAGUAGGCUGUGGCAGGUCACAUUAACUUUAAUGCAUUAUAUGUUGACUCCCUUCUGGUCACAUUAUUUUCAUGACACAUUAAUUUCACAAGUAUUGGACAACAACAGGGCAUCAGUAGCCUCCUUGCUUGGUAUGCAAUGAUUUUUACAUGUUUUCUGAUUGGUUUAAUCAAAAGUAAAGUAACAUCUAAAAGGUUGCAUUAAUAGUCUUCUUUCUUAGAUGCAUUGAUUUGUAAGGAUUUCUGUGAUUGGUACAAAUAGUACACUUUGAAUGUCAUUAACAUGGCCAUGGUAUCAGAUAUUCUAUGUAUGGUAAAGAUCAUAUGAACUGUGAACGUAUCAAGUAAUUCGAAGAAAACUUUCCUGUUUUAUCUGUUUUUAGAUAAUACAUGGAUUGUGGAAUAUAUUUUUACUGACAAUCAUGUGAAAUAAACAUUGAUUGUUCAUAUUUCUGAUAUUAUAUUAUAAAAUAUUGUGAUUUUUUCUUUUACGAACUGAAAUUAUGCUACACAAUCAUUUAUUACUGAUUCAAAAAAGUAUAUUUGUCAAAUUUCAAAACAUAAUGUAAAAUUUAGUAUGUGCUUACUUGUACUGGCAUUGAAAUUGACCUGCCAAAAAAUUGAAUUUGGAAAUAACACAAUAAAUUGCAAAAACGUUGGCUACAACAUUAAUUAAAGAAUGAUAAAUAGUUAUAUAUUUGGUCUCACAAAUAAUUUGUAGUAAAUUCUCAAAUGUCAAGUCCAUUUGGCAACAUUUUGAAUUGAGAGUCGCCAUCAUCAUUUUUGGGGGGGGGGGGUUGGAUGGUCAAAUGGUUAGCAUGUGUGCACUGUAUCAUAAGGUCUGUCAUUGAGUCAACUGGUGUGGUUUCGAUUGCCCGGUUGUACGUGACAAGUAGUAGGGUCGCCUGUCCAACCUUGUGGGUUUUCUCCGAGUCCACUCACUGCUAAAGACCCCUAUGCGCAAGCAAAUUUUUGAAAUAAAAUUGAAUCAUGUGUUAGUCCCGAAAUGACCUAGUUUGUGUCGAGUGGACGUUUGACCUCAUUUCUCUCUCUCACACAUAAUCUUUUUGUAUACCUCACAGGGGGGGGGGGGGAAGAGACUGGUACAAUUAGCCAUUAAUUGUACAUCACACUGUUGAGGAUCGAAUCAGCUGUUUUAACAUGUACAUCACACUGUUGGGGAUCAAAUGGGCUGUUUGUACAUGUACAUCACACUGUGGGAAUCGAAUCAGCUGUUCGUACAUCACACUGGUCCGGAUCAAAUCAGUCUCUUGUACACGUGGGAACCGAUUCAACUUUUUGUACAUCAGUCGUUUGUACAUGUGGGGGCCGAAUCGGCUUUUUGUACAACCCCACCAUGUCAAUCUCAAAUCAAAGUCAUGUAUUUCAUUCAUUGUAAGUUUUGAUGUAAGGUUUAUUAUUCUAUCACCACCAUUAAAAUUUGUUAUUACAUUAUGGAUAUAUGACAAUUUAUAUUAUUGUUAUAAAUAAAAGUUUGUUACCUUU